AUGAAGCCCGCCGCAUUGGACCUGGGUCGUCCACGAUUCCUCGAAUUUAACUUGACCGUGGUGGUCAAGAGCAAACCGAGCCCAUUGGAUUUCCAAUUCGCAGCAGACACACUGGCAUCGCAAUGGCCGGCGCUGGCGUUACGGAUGAAUCCUUUGAAAAACAAAUUCAUCGAGCCCAAAAUGCCCGAGGACCUUUCUGAUAUCUGGCAAGGCAGAGAGCUGGACCGGAACCUCGGCGAUAUCAUCGACGUGCCUCUGCAGGGCGAUUCACCGCGGAUAUUCGAUUCCGAGGCGCUCCAGAAAUCGGUCCAUUUCGCCUUUGGCUUCGUCGAAUCUAUCAAACAGCGCGUUUUGACUAUCCGGACGGUAUUCCUGCGUGAUUCAUGUGUGAUCGGCUUUCGGUUUUUACAUCCUCUCUGCGAUGCCCGCGGGGCACACCGAAUUGUUCAGGCCUAUUUAACUCUCCUGAGAGGAGACAGACUCACGCAUACAAUCCACUCCCGACCAUCGCUAAUGUUAAAACCCGAGGUCCUCAAGAAGUGUGUUGCAAUGACGACGCCUCGUGAGGUGGCCACCUCGCACCACGAAGUCUCUCAGCGCACCUGGCCCGGUUUCUUGCAGGGGUUCGGUAAGCAGUUGGUGCGGAAUAUAUGUCAUCGCUCAUCUCGACGGGUUAGCAAGACGCUGCUGGUACCAGCGGAUCAGAUGCAGCGAUGGAUAAGAGACGCAGAAGACAAAGGAAUCAAAGUAACCGAGCAUGACUUGCUAGUUGCAUUUAUCUAUCAGGCUUCCCUAGACCCCACCAUCGAGCAAGCAUUUGGACUCUCGCUCAACAUCGCCGCCCAGCUCCAACCCGACGCCGAGUUCUUCAACCCGUGGUUCACAGUCCCCAUCACCGACUACAUCAACCCGACCUCACACAUUGGCCUGACACCCUCCCUGCUGGAACUCGCCAUCACCAUCCGCCGCACCCUAAACGAAGCCCGAGAGCCAGAAUGCAUCGCCCAGAUCAUCGACCAGCACCGCUCGCUCAACGACAUGCCCACCGCCCCAAAGUUGCAAGGCAGCCGCGCCGCGCAGACCCUCGUUUCGUCGUGGAGCGAAAUCCCCCUGUACGAUCUGGAUAUCCAGGGCGAGAACCCGCUCUUCGUGCACGGCAGCGUCGACUAUUGCGGGGCUCUUGGCGAGACCGGGUGGAAACUGGACGAUCAAGUCGUAACGUGGAAGGCUAAGAGUUUCGGGGACAGCGAUGGCGGGUACUGGAUUCAUGCGAACUUGCCGGAUGCUGUGUGGAGGCGCAUGGUGCAGAACUUGGGUUGA